CCCAAUGGGUCAACCCGCCCCAAUGUAUCACGGGUAAACCUCGCCCUUGAAUAAUUUUUCUAAAGAAAAAAUGAACGGUAAAUCCUCUCUAAAUCCCAACCCAUAGGCAUAGCUAUGUCCACCACUCUUCUAUCUCACACCCUCUCUUUCAAACCCCAUCUCCCACCCGCCAAACCUCAAUGCUUUCUCAGGCCUCCGAGGUUUGUUACUUUAUCUUCACCUAAAGAACUUUCCAGAAUCUCUCUUUUGAAGCGUUUUGCAGCAAACGACUACGAUGGCGCUGGUAGUGGCAGCGGUUUUGUUGAUUGGGAGAAAGCAGAGAAGGAGGCUCGAGCGCGGAGCACUAUGCCAGAACGCUUUCGGUAUCUCGCUAAGGAAGCUCCUGAUCCUCCUAUCAGGUGGCCUUGGCUUCUUGUACUUGGCUUUCUCAUCUAUGCUUGGAGAGCUGUUCUAUUUGAACUAUCGAACUGGAAGAAUGUUGUCUUUGGUAUUGUCCGUUUUGUAGGGAACCUUUUGACAUAUCUUUUCGCCAUACUGUAUCGAUUUAUAGGAAGCCCGAUUACUUUUUCAAUAAGAUGCCUGGAGGAUUCGUUCUAUACUGUACGAGCCUUCUACUCUUGGACAAUCAACAAUGCUCCCAUACCAGAAUUGACCACAGUCAUUGUGCUCGCGUCGGUUGUUUUAGCAAUUGCCGAAGCUACCGUCCCUAACUGUAUCAACAAGCAACCUUAUGUUUUGACUGUGUCUGGUCUUAUUGGCUAUGCAGCAGUUAGAGGCUAUAUCUCUGAACCUUUUUUCUGGACCCUUCUGCUAGGGUUGUACGCUUUCUCAAAAUUAAUCAAAAAGAGAGACAAUGUUUCAUGCGCAAUGCCUGUUGCAGCUGUACUAGCUGCUGUUGGGGAGACUUGGGUUAGAGUUUUGGUGUUCAUCACAUUUAUAGCGUUGGCUACUUAUCAGUAUUCCCAAACACUUUCCGAAGGGAAACAGGUUGAAGACCAAGAAAUGACAGAAAGGAGGAUUCCAGUACCACUACUUGUUGCUGCUUUAGCGAUUGGCUUACGCUUCGCUGCUAAGUGGGCCGGGUAUCGGCACUUGACGUGGAUGAUUGUAUGAUCGCCGAGAGAAUGGAGUUUCUUGAUCUAAGAUUUUUGAGGUAGGAUGACUAGAGCAGUUAUUGUUCUGUUCUGUUAUUAUGCAUAUUUGGUUUUCUCAUGUUCUGUAGAAUAGAGGAUUGUAUCACAAGGCUUUUCACAUAUUCUUGUCAUAAAAAAAAUUGUUAUUCCAUUUAAUAGUCAUCCGUUUCAAUCUGUUAUUGUCAUGUAAUAUCACCAGCAGUUUCAACCUAACUUGAUUGAUAGUAAGGACUGCAGACUCCAACUAAGUUUUAGAUUGUUAUAUCAAAUGGAAACUUUUGACUUCA